AUGCCCGAAACAACUGCCAACCCCGUAGCGUCUCCCUCUCGUUCACGGGUUGCUUACCACCCUUACCGCUCCCAAUCUUCCUCAGCGCUCUCCGAUACCGCGGAUUCGACAUCGAUUUCUGGAUUAUCUCGACGUGAGAGUACUGAUGACCCCGAGACGCGUGAUGCUCCAAGGGGUAUUCCAAGGUCUCAAACAUCUCACUCCAGGGCCACUUCAAUCGCCAUUAUUGAGGACAUGAGGACCGGGACCCCGUUGUAUGAUAUGAACCCAACUCAAGUUCGUGGAGAGCAGCGUCGCCAAUUGCGUGCCCAAUAUGCGUGUUCGGAGCGAUGGCUGCAGGUGGUGGAGAGAUGUCAUCCGUAUGAGCUCCCUUCGCCUGAGGAUUGUAGCGAGCAUGCUCCAGAGGAGAUGAAGGCUUUGAUACAUGUUCCAAACCGUGCGCGGGCUCGUGGUAAGGCCAUCUUCUCUCAUUUUUUCCGUUCGGUCAAGGUCUUCGAUGAGGGAGAAGAAAAGAGCAAAUACAUCUGUGCCAUAAUGACCGACGACUCCUGCAAGACCAAGUUAUCCGGUGGUGCUGGAAUGAUCGGCCGGGAAAGUCAUAUGAAUAGCACCCACAAAGCAGUGUACGAGGCCUUCCGAUUAUUCCAGGGGCUCCAGAAUUGCCUGGAUCGCUUGCCAGUCGACCCUCACGCGUCCCAGGAGCAACAAGAAUACCAAGCACCUUCGACCCCCAAGCGGACACCCAGGAAAUCGAAAUUUCAGAGCGCCUUACCCGGUAUUCCGAUCCCUACUUUGGAAGAUAAGGCAACUGUGGAAAUAUGCUGGCUAAAUCUCCUCAGCGAGGGUGCGGUGAACUACUCUUUGUUCGACAAUCCUAAUUUUCGGAAAAUCAAGGCAGUGAGCAUGCGGGGAUUCGACGUCCAUGCCUCACAGACGAUGAAGAAGAAAGUCGCCAAUACCACCCGUGACAAAUAUCUCCACCUUCGAGGACUGUUUGCCAGGGACUUAGACCGUUGCGCUAUUACAUUCGACGGCUGGACAAGCGCGGACCAGCGCAAGUAUCUGGGGAUCACAAUGCACUACAUUACCCCAAGCUUACAGAUGGACGGCAACAAUCCUCCUCGACAUGAAGAAGUUCUCGCAGCCUGGGCUUUGGAAGGCAAGGUCAUUGCCGCAACAACAGAUCAAGGCGCGAAUAUGAAAAAGUAUGGAACUCCAACCCCAGCUUAUGGAAAGCUCGACAUGUGGAAUACGCCGCUCCCCGCCGAUGCACGCCUCCCCCCGGCCUUCGAGGUGACAGAUAUGGUCUUCCGAAUGUUGAAUGGAAGAAGCGAUCCAUCGACAUAUUUGUGCAAGGCUAAAUAUUUGGUCGUCGCAGAAAUCAUUCGCUUACAGGAGGAGGACGCCCAACGCUCUGCCCAGAACCGUCAGGAUUCCCAAGUAUCGACUCCAAGCCGCCAGAAGAGAUUCCACUCCGGGCCCAUUCAAACAUUGGUCAGGCGAAGGAUGAAUGCCGCAAUGAUCGUGCAGGAUUACUGCGAGCAAAUAGCGGCCGAGGAGAAUGAUUUUUCCGAAUUUGCAGAUCUUCCUCUGGAUUACUGGAACGAACGGCAGGAAGACCCCGAGGCAGCAUAUUUAAUCCGCGUGGCUCGCGCUUACUUGGGAAUCCCAGCUACAUCAUCUGAAUCCGAACGAUCGUUUAGUCGUGCCGGACGAAUCCUAGGAACCAAUAGGGCUGGACAAGGGACUGAGGAGGAAGCAUGUGUGAUCGGUCGAAAGAAGGAAGGCAAACGACACGAUGGACGAAAGGAAGUGCCAUGGUUGGCAAGUGGGCUCAAAUAUCUCGUCGGUGCGUCGACGGAGCAGAAACAGGCUGUGUUUGAGAAGCAUACCCGAAAGCAGCACGAUCAGGAUGCACAGAAGAAGGCGGUUGAGGCUUGGGGACAGGUGGAGGUUGUUCCGAGCGUGUUUUAUGUCAACUCCUUUGAGCCCCUCAUCUCCACGAUGGAGACGGAAACGAUUGCAGGAAAGAACAUUGCCAGGCUGUUGUACGACCGGAUCAUGGGAUAUUUCCCUGUGGAGAAGAUAGUCAAGCGAUAA